AUGUGGCCAAACAUUCCGGCUGUUGCCGCUGCCCAUAUGGACACUUCUUUCUCUAAUAUAACGACUUCUUCGGCGAUCGAAGAGCCGAUUGCACGGCCAAUCAACAGCCUUUAUUUGUACAUUCCUUUUGUGAUCUUCGUCUUUCUAGCUCCAUUGAUGUUUAUUUCGCUGUUGUGUUAUAUUCAACGGAGGAACAAGAGAAUGCAACAGAACGAAAUGGAGAGGCUCAACAACAGGAGGCUUUCAACGUAAGUAAAUUGAUUACUUUGAGUGAAUAUCCAAGAAAACCUGCUUUGAUUUUUUUCAUAAUUUGAUAUAUUCUGUUCACAAUCCUCUGUACGCAAAAUGAGGGGAGUCGGCAAGAUCAAAAACUUUUUUUCAACCGUAACUUGGCGGAUUUAGCUCAGAGAAAAAAUUUGUUUUUGAUGAAAUACUGUACCCCACAGAGGGAUGCAUACUCUUCAAGCGUGAAAAUCACAGAUAACUAUCAGUUUUUGCCAGUCUUCGGCCUAAAAAUCUUGUACUUGGAAAACUUAAGAAGCCGGUAAAAAUGAAGUAUAUAGCAGUUAUAGCCUUUUACAUUGGCGACCCAAGUUGUCACGGCGUCAAAAAUCCCAUUUUUUUAAUCCAAAUGUUGCCAAAUGUCCUAGAAACCUUUGAACAUCAUUCCGGCAAACUUAAAAGUAUUGUACGUAUGUCGUCUUUUUCAGCGCCGGCCGACAUUCCAUCUACUACAAUGGCAGCGACACCAACUUCCGAAAAAUCUCGGCUGUAUAA